AUGCCAGGUUUCAACAGAACCACUGCAGUUGCCCACUUCACCCUGGUGGGCUUCUCUAGCCUGGGGGAGCUCCAGCUGCUGCUUUUUGCCAUCUUCCUUCUUCUGUACCUGACAAUCCUGGUGGCCAAUGCAACCAUCAUGGCUGUGAUCCGCUUCAGCCGGACCCUGCACACCCCCAUGUACGGCUUCCUGUUCAUCCUUUCCUUUUCCGAGUCCUGCUACACUUUGGUCAUCAUCCCUCAGCUGCUGGUCCACCUGCUGUCAGCCACCAAGAGCAUCUCCUUCGCAGCCUGCGCCACCCAGCUCUUCUUCUUCCUUGCUUUUGCCUGCACCAACUGCUUUCUCAUUGCUGUGAUGGGCUACGACCGCUAUGUGGCGAUUUGCCACCCCCUGAGGUACACGCUCAUCAUGAACAAAAGGCUAGGGGUGGGCCUGGUUUCCCUGUCAGGAGUCACAGGUUUCUUUAUCGCUUUGGUGGCCACCAACCUCAUCUGUGACAUGCCUUUCUGCGGCCCCCACAGGGUCAACCACUACUUCUGUGACAUGGCACCUGUUAUCAAGCUGGCCUGCACGGACACUCAUGUAAAAGAACUGGCUCUGUUCAGCCUCAGCAUCCUGGUAAUCAUGGUGCCUUUCCUGUUCAUUCUCAUAUCUUACGGCUUCAUCGUUAACACCAUCCUGAAGAUCCCCUCAGCUGAGGGCAAAAGGAAGGCCUUCGCCACCUGCACCUCGCACCUCACCGUGGUCUUCGUCCACUAUGGCUGCGCCUCUGUCAUCUACCUUCGGCCCAAGUCCAAGUCUGCCUCGGACAAGGACCAGCUGGUAGCCGUGACCUACACCGUGGUUACCCCCCUGCUUAAUCCUCUUGUCUACAGUCUGAGGAACCAGGAGGUGAAGACGGCGCUGAGGAGAGUCCUGGGAGUGCCUGUGGCCGCCAAGACAGCCAACAAACGCAACUCCUAA